AUGGAGAGGGCGAGCCCGGCGGCGGGCAAGCUGAACGCCGGCGGCCGCGGGGCGGGCGAUGGGCACGGCCCCACCGGCGGUGCCCAGCCGCGGGCGGCGGCGGCGGGCAGCGCCGAGCCGGGCGAGCUCAUCGGACGGGCGCUGGAUUUCAAGAGCGAAGGGGCGCAGUGCUACAAGGACAAGAAAUUCCGGGAGGCCAUCGGCAAGUACCACCGCGCCCUGCUGGAGCUGAAGGCUCUGCUGCUGCUGCUGAGCCAGGAGCCGGCCGGGCAGCGCCCUCCCGCCGCCGCCGCCGCGGCGGGGCUGAGCGAGGAGCAGCGGCAGGCGGUGGAGGCCAUCGAGGUCGACUGCUACAACAGCCUGGCAGCCUGCCUGCUCCAGGCCGAGCUGGUGAAUUACGAGCGGGUCAAGGAGUACUGCCUCAAAGUGCUGCAGAAGGAAGGCGAGAACUUCAAGGCGCUCUAUCGAUCGGGAGUGGCAUUUUACCACCUGGGUGACUUCAACAAGGCCCUCUACUACCUGAAAGAAGCAAGAUCCCGCCAGCCCACAGAUACCAAUGUCAUACGAUACAUCCAGCUGACAGAGAUGAAGCUCAGCAGAUGUUCCCAGAGAGAGAAGGAAACCUUGUGAAAAUGAAGCCACUUCAGCUGAAGUGCCCAAGGGGGAACAUUUCCUUCCUAGAAGCUCAUUUGGUGGAUUUUCCCAUUUGCUCUGCCUCAUCCUCAUCUCCUCAUCCAUCCACUCUCCCUUGCUCUUCAUUGAAUACCAGAUUUGAAAUGAAAGAGACUUGGACGCUGGAUACGGCUGCUUGCCAACCAUGGUAAUACCCCUUCCCCGUGGCAAAAGAGCACAACAACUACAGCCAGCCUUGUUCCCAGACAGUGUCACACACCUGGAGUAGGCAAUGCUGGGGGACCUGCCUGGUCCUGAACUGACUGCCUAUUACCUAUUAGGGAAGCAACCCCCAGAACAACAACUUCCUGACCAAGCAAGUUGGAGACAGAGGGUUUCUGCUCUGAGUGAUCACUGGAGCUUGGAAGAGCUAAGAAAGCAAGAGAGCCGCUGGUCAUUCCACAGGGAACAGCAAAUGCCUUUUUACCAUCAGUUCCCUCUGCCUGCUUCUCCAGUGUGUGUUACUGGUCUCCAGUGAGAGCUCACAUGCUCCCAGUCUAAUGUCAGUGAAAACUGUUUCUAAACAUCCUCUUUAUGAAAGCACAGAGCACCCUAUGAACCCCCUGCAGAGCUGUCCCGGUGCCAGAGGAGAAGGCUGUGGGCCACCACAGAGUGCUGAAUGGACUGUGAAAGCAUGGUGUACAGUGUGAGGGAAAAACUGUGAAAUAAUUCAUUAAAGGCAAAUAAAAAUUAUUCAUAGGCAACAA